AUGGGCGCUGAAAGUGGUACUAUGAAGCUGAAGUGGGAUCGCGCAACAGAAGUGAAGCUCCUCAUGCAAAUCAUUAAAAACGCAAAACUGGGGAAGAAAGAUCAUGAAGAGCUCGCGGAGUAUAUGGAACAUCUAUUUUUCAUGCGGAAGGCCUCCCUUAAGGCAGAAUCUAGCGGUUCUGGACCCUCCACCCCCGAGAAAGGGACAGGUGCAAAGCCCACCCCUGAAAAACGUACGCCAGCGAGUGGCAAGCUUGGAAGUAAGAAACGAAAGAGUGCAGGCGAUGAUGACAGCAAGACUCUAGUGGAUGAGUCCCCUGUAAAGCAAGUCAAAACCGAAUACUUAAACGGGAUCGAAAUCAAGGAUUUAUGCAAGGAUGCCUGA